AUGUUUGCCGAUGUGGUGCGCUACAUCAACAACUGGCCACGAGGAAAAUCGGGUUGUUCUCUUAACAACCUGGAGCUGACGAGGCUUUUUAUAGACCGCCUCAACAUGCAGGACAAGCUCAACAGGUUGCGCUUUGUCCACGUGGCGGGAACCAAGGGAAAGGGCACCACCGCGGCGUACACCUCGGCGCUACUGCAGGCGUACGGCUUCAAGGUGGGCCUUUUCGUCUCCCCACAUAUCGUGGAUGUUCGGGAGCGUAUGAUGGUGAACAACGCUUUUUUGCCUAAGGAGGACUUCGCUCGGCACUUUUUUAGUAUGCUGGAUCGCUUCAUGGGCCUGGCCAACUCAGAGAGCCAAAUCUCGCGCGAUCUCGCGCAAUGUCAAAGCUACUUUUGCUUUCUAUUUUUGCUCGCGCUGGACAUCUUCGCCGCGGAGUCGGUGGAGGUGGCGGUGCUGGAGGUGGGCAUGGGCGGCCGCCUGGACUCCACGAAUGUCGUCUCGCCCGAGGUGACAGUCAUCACCUCCCUGGGCCUGGACCACAUGUCCAUUUUGGGCCACACAGUGGAGGAAGUUGCUGCUGAAAAGGCUGGUAUAAUAAAGCCCAGGGUCAUCUGCUACACCACCCCGCAGGAGUGGCACCCAUCCACGCUGAAGGUGUUGAAGACAACCGCGCGUGCGCGGCAGGCUCCCCUGGUGGUGGUGAACGCGGCGACGCUGCCUAUCUCUAGCUGGCCGCCCCUGGCGAUUGGGGGGGCCCAUGCCGUGGAGAACUCCAAGCUGGCUCUGCUGGCGGCACGGUUUGUGGCGGGGAAGCCUCCCACCAUUCCGCUGGAUGGCGUGGAGCGUCACGUGCUGCAGACGAUGACGUUUACAGGCCGCUCUCAGGUGGUGCCGGUCGGCGGCGGUGCGGUCGUGACGCUCUACUUUGAUGGCGCCCACACCUUUGAGAGCCUGACGUGCGCCACCCGCUGGUUUCUGGAGCAAAGCCGCGCCGUCACGGGAGACGCGAAUCCGCGUCGUGUCCUGCUUUUUUACACCUCUCGCGAGCCAGCGCACAUCCUCAAGGCGUUUAUGCCGUUUAUCCACUUUUUUUCAAAGGUGAUUAUGGCAUUUGUGGUGAAUCCGCGUACGGCGCGUGGACCGACGACAGAGGAGCGGCACGAUCAUGCGCGUGGCGAGCUAACAGCCACGAUGGAGUGCUGGAAAGAGAUGUACCCUGAGAUACCGUGCCUUCCCUGCAACGCACCCUUCGCCUCGCUUCAGGAGUUGAUUAGUAUGGCUGGGCCAGCGGCAACUGACAACGAAGAUGCCUCAAAACCGGUGCAGAUCUUUGCUACUGGCUCUUUUUUCCUGCUUUCCGACCUUAUUAAUUUGGUAAAGAAGCACCAGUCUCAAUUUUAA